UUGUACUUCAAUAGACACUAUAAUCAUAGACAAAGUAGGAUAAUCUUCUAGGUUACUACAGUCGAAUCUCUGCCCCACUGACCAACUGAGAUCAGUUCACGCACAACCGGCACGCAUUAUGGUACGCCUAACACAGCAGCAGAUACAAUUCUACAAAGACAAUGGCUUUAUUCAUCUCAAGGGGCUGAUCAGAGGGAAGGAGCUUCAGAGGGUUUCCGAGGAGUACGACAACUUGUUCAGGAGGCAAAACACAGCGAAAACUGAGAGUUCGUGGGUUGGCAGCGAUGAUACAUUUAGAGAAAGUGACAGCCCCUUUACUGUGAAGGGCAUCCACAACCUGCAGAUGCACCACGCAGUGUUCGGCCGGCUGCUGUACAACGAGGACUUGCUGGACGCCCUGCAGGACGUCAUGGGAACGGAGAACAUCAUGCUGCAUCACACCAAGGCUCACCUCAAGCCUCCGGAGAAAGGAGCCUCUUAUCCUAUGCACCAGGACUAUCCCUAUUUUCCUUACGAAAAGGAUUCCAUGGUGGCAGCUUUCAUCCACCUGGAUGAUGCGUCUCCCGAGAACGGGGGGCUGUUUGUGUAUCCCGGAUCACACAAAUUGGGACCGCUCGAGGACUUUGGACCCAAAGAAGGCAGCCACUUCCAUUAUGUAGACCAGAAAAAGUUUCCGAUCGAGGGCGCGACGCCGGUGACCGCGGCAGCCGGCGACGUGGUAAUCUUCUCGUACCUACUGGUACACGGCAGCUCCGCCAACUGCUCACUCCGACCGCGCCGCAUGCUGCUCGCACAGCUGGCGGACGCACACGACCGGCCGACGGGUGGGGAACGCGGCCAGCCCGGGCGCGGCUGGAUGUUGCGUGGCGUCAACCUUCACCGGGACGCUACGGUCGCCAACCGAGCCCGCGACUAAUAAUCUUAACUGGCCAAUGGAUCCCCACAGGCGAAGCCGAUCUCAGAUAAAACCAUGCCAUAUCAUAACCAAAAAAUAAUGUUUAUUUGGUUUGUUUGAUUCGAAUUAUUGAUAUCGGUAAGCUAUACGAUUUUUUCGUUGAUUAUAGUUGACAAACAAAUGA